GUUCUGUUUUGGUUGAUAGGAAGGAAGGAAGGAUGGAAUAUUUCCUUCAUAAGUGUAUCAGUACUUACAGAAUUUAAUAAAAACUUACUAUCUCUCAAUAAAACAUCACACUUUCACUAAUAAUCAUAUCAAUCGGCUACUUCAAAGAUGGAAAAUUCUGCUUAUGCAUCCAAUCCUUUACCUCCACCAGCAUUAGUGGUCUUCUCCCAAGCUGGAGGUCUCCCUGAGACUCUUAGGAUGCAGAGACCCUUCAACUCACAGGCACAAGAAGGUAAAGAAUUGCAAGUACCAUUUUCCACUGGUCCCGGGUUUGGACUCCGUCUGCUAGACAGCUACUCCACUCUGCCGGCUCAUCUGCUGCACCACCUCCAGCCGCAAUUCCACAUCCACCCGGCCCUAGACCCGCGAUCUGGUCCCUUUGGAUCUGCAGCUGCAGCUGCUGCCGCCGCUUCCUACCAAGCGCUAGCCGACUCCAACAAGUCCUUCCCGUCUGCGUUCGCUCCGCCUCCUAGCAAGUGUCUCAAGAUGGAAUCCGAAAACCAGAACAACAACAACACUCCCGUCUUUUACCAGCGUGCUGGCUCCACGUCUCCUGGGAGCGUGUCUGCGUCUCCGUCGCCCAAGCCGGACGACUCUCUCGCGGGAACCACGACCGAUGAACGGGAUGCCACUCAUACUCCGUCUUCUGAAGGCAACGACAGUUCUACGCAGGAGGAGGGCCGUGGUUUCAGACGCAAGAAGCGCUUCCAGCCGGAGCCAUGGUGUUGUCCCGUGUGCAGCUGCACUCUGCGGCCGAAUGAGUUGGACGCUCAUCUGCUCCACGAACUCGACAAGUUGUACAAGCUGGCUCCGUCCCGUCCCAACGCACCCACGCCGAGGCCGAGGUCCGCUCAGGGGUCACCCACCGAUCCUGCUGUGGAUGCACGUUGGCAGACAUAUCAGAGGAUAAAAGCUAAUAGACAAGGUCGCUUGCGAAUAAAAUACAGGAAACGAAAGCCUGAUGAAGUGACUUGUCCAGUGUGUAAUGAACCUGUCAGCGGCAGUGUUGAACAACUCAAUAAUCAUGUAGAGCUCUGCUUGAGAAAGCAAGGACAAGGAGACGAAGACGAGAGUGAGAACGUGGACGUAGAGGGAGAGGGAGAUCUAGAAAUGUAUGAAGAAUAUGAGUGGGCUGGACAGCGAAGGAUUCGAGCCUCUACUCUACUUGUCGGAGGAUUCUCAGGAGCAGGAAUUGGUACCAAUAAUAGACCGACUAGAGAAGAAGAAGAAGCAUAUCUAGUUGUGGAUGGUGAUGAUACGGCUACAUUCGGUCCAUCCCAGUAUUCCGAAGCCGAUGUUAUUUCGCCAUCUGCCGAUGACGGAGAUAAUGAUAUGAGUCCGGAAUGUCGAAGCGAAGACCUGCGACUUCAGCCUGUCAAAGAAGAACCCUCGGAAACUGCAGAUGAAGCUGGUUCCCAGUCCCAAGUUCUUGAAGCUCUCAAGUCGCGUAUAAGAGAUUUGGAAUACGAAAGCAAAGGAAUUUCUGAGGAAAAAUUCAUUUGUCUCAUAUGUAUGGAGCAUUAUAAAAAGCCUGUGAUUUCGAUUUGCUGUUGGCAUGUCCACUGUGAACAGUGUUGGCUCCAUACACUUGUAAGUAUACAAAAUUAUACAUCUGUUCACUAUUAUUUACUGAAUAUUGUAAUUUUGAGUGCUGUACGAUAACAUAUCAAGCGGAAC